UGUCUUCAUAUGAUUUGUAGCCCUUCAAGUUGGAUUUCAUAGGAAACUUGAGUUGUGUCCUUUGUAUGCUUCUAUAAAGAGAUAUGCUUGAACGAUUGACAGAAGGUCAUCCUGAAUGCCGUUUUCAAGCUCUAUUUGUCUUCUUUUGAUCCCGUAACUGAUUCUAGAGCUCUUUUGUAUUCAAAUCUUCAUCGUGAACCUCCCGGUGACCUCCAAAUCUCUCAAUUAUCUCUCGGAUGCAUCAUCAAUCAUCCCGAUUGCUUCUCAAGUGCUGGUACUGGGCUCAAAUUCCCUGAUUUUGACUCCAAAAGAUAUAAAACCUGAACCAAUGCCCGGUAACAUAACUUGAGCUAAAAUUGAGACUUGUAACACCUUAAAGCUAGGAAAACAAUCACAAUUCGAUCCCAACACGCAUCAAAUGUGUGUCUAAAUAUGGACUUAUCAACCCACUUGGUGAAGUAGUCGACUGUGAUGAUGAUGUAGCGGUUGUUGCCGGCGACUCUAGGCAGGGGGCUGACCUGGUCAAUCCCCCAUCUUGAGAAUGGGAUUGCAGUGCUGACCGGGGCGUUCUAAAGUACCUGGAAUGCGUUACACUUCCUUGCGAGGUUAGCACAAUCCCGCGCCAUCAUCGGUCAGAAAUAGCCUAGGACGACGAGAUGUCGGGACAUGCUGAAAGGGACCUGAUGUGAGGAGCAGACACCAAAGAGGACUUCUUCCAUGGCUACUUCGGCCUCGUCCUAGUGCAGGCACUGGAGGAGAGUGCCAUUGUAGGAUCUUUUGUAGAGUUUCCCAUUCUCAAUGGUGUAACUUGGGGCCCUGAGUUUGGCUAGUUUGGCCCUCUCCUCGUCCUGGGGUAGUUCUCCCGAAGCAAUGAAGGUCAUGAUGUCGGAUAUCCAGUCCUCCCGGCGUUGUUGAAUGCACAUGAUCGGGCUGACCUAGAUGUUGUACAUUCUUAACUCCUCGACCUUGGCUAUCUUGGAGAUGUGCUCCGGAGUGUCCGUGUUGAGUUUGGAGAGAAUGUCGACGUCAGCAUUCUCUGCCCUUGGGAUCUGUGUGAUCUCGUGGGUUUCAAAUUCCUUGAGCAACUCCUCAGCCGCCUGUUUGUAGUGCUUCAUCCUUCCUUCUUUGGCCUCGUAUGAGCCCUCGAUCAUGCCCACCACCAGCUUGGAGUCGCACUUGAUUCUGACAUGUCGCGCUUUGAGGCCGGCGGCGAGUCUGAGGCCACUGAGGAGAGGCUCAUACUCGGCUUCAUUGUUGGACACCCAGAAGUUGAAGUGGAUGACAUAGUAAGCUCUGAAUCGUUCAGAGGAGAUGAUGACGACGAUGCCUCCACAUGCUUUGGCGGCCGAUGAACCAUCAGUGAAUAGGGUCCAUGCUUCGUCUAGCUCUGCCCCGGGUAUGGCGGCGGCCGUCUCCCUUGCCGUACACUCAGUGACGAAGUCGGCCAAGGCUUAGCUUGCCCCUUGAUAGAUGGCCUUGGCUUGAUUUCUAUUUGGAACUAGCUAAGGAAGAUUGCCCACUUUACCAUCCCUGAGGAACUAGUUGGGCUUCGCAUAAGUGCGCCGAGGGGCUGCUGAGUCAAGACAUGGACGGCAUGGGCCUGGAAGUAGUGCCCUAGCUUCUUCACUGUGUGGACGAUGGCCAACACCGUCUUCUCGAUGGGGGAGUACCUGAGCUCUGCCUCGCGGAGUGUCUUGUUGACGUAGAAAAUAGCCUUUUGCACCCCUUCAUCAAAAGAGGGUCUCACCGGCUUUUGGCUUUGAAAUUACGGGAGGGGAUGAAAGGUACUGCUUUAGCUCCUCAAAUGCUUGCUAGCACUCCACCGUCCAUUUGAAGUUGUUGGCUUUGCGCAUGAUCUGGAACAAAGGGAGAGAUCUUUCGGACGAUUUGGAGAGGAAGCGGUUCAAGGCUGCAAGCCGUCCCGUCAGCCGUUGCACUUCUUUAACGUUGCGCGGCGGCUCCAUGUAUAUGAUGGCCUGGAUCUUCUCCGGAUUAAUCUCAAUGUUGCUUCGGCUGAGCAUGUAGCCCAGGAAUUUGCCUCCUUGGACACCAAAGGUGCAUUUCUUGGGGUUGAGGCGGAGCUGGAACUUCUUCAUGAUCUCAAAGAUUUCCCAGAGGUCGUCGGCAUGGGUGGUAGCAUGUUUUCUCUUGAAGAUCAUGUUGUUGACGUAUGCCUCCAUCGUUCGGCCGAGGACUGCUCUGAAUAUUUUGGCUACCAUCCUGGUGUAUGUGGCACCUGAAUUUUUGAGCCCAAAGGACAUGACGAGGUAGCAAAAAAUUCCCUCCGGGGUCAUGAAGGCCGUCUUCUCGGUGUCAUCUUCAUGCAUGAAGAUCUGGUGGUACCCUCUGAAGGCAUCCAAGAAUGACAUCAACUCGCAGCCCAUCGUCUCGUCCACCAACUGAUCAAUGUUGGGGAGAGGGAACGGGUCCAUUGGGCACGCCUUGUUCAGAUCAGUGUAAUCAACGCACAUAUUGAAUGUCGGUGGCUUCUGGGCGAGUACAACGUUGGCCAGCCAAGUCAAGUACUUCACCUCCUUGAUGUGCUGAUGGAGAGGAGCAUGGUGACCUCCCCCUUGACGAAGUCCCGCCUUUCGGCCAAGAGAUAGCGUCGCUUCCGCUUGACUGGCGUGGAAGCUGGAUCGACUGACUGCCGGUGGGUGAUCACCUUUCGGCUGAUGCCUGGCAUGUCGUCCGGCCCCCAUGCAAAAAUGAUUGUGUAUGACCGCAAGACCAGGAGGAUGCCGUCGCGUUGGUCCUGUGGGAGUUGGUUACCAAUUUUCAAGACUUGCUCCGGCCGGGAAGCAUCCAAAGGGACCACUUCGAUGUCCUCAAUCGGUUCAGCAUGUGGCCUCUCUUCGUCCUUGGCGACGGUCGCGGUGAUGGUGUCUAUUCUCUACUCGGCGCUGGCGGCUGGCUUCGUCAGCUUGAGAUAGCAUGCCCUCGUUAUCUUCUGGUUCCCCCUGGCGUAGCCGAUGCCGUUGCUGGUGGGGAAUUUCAAGCAUAAGUGCUUCAUGGAGAUGAUGGCCUCCGGGUCCUUUAAUGUUGGCCUUCCCCAGAUCAGGUUGUGGGCGCACUCGAGGUUGACCACCAUAAACUCCAUUUCAAUCUUGGUGUGAUGGGAGCCGUCGUCGACUUCCACGGGGAGGACUAUCGUGCUCUCGGCGUCGAUAGAGUCCCCGGUAAAGCCGAACAACGGUGUCCGUAUCGGCUUUAGUAGGGCCUUGUUCAACUUCAGCUGCUUAAAGGUGUCAAGGUACAUGACGUUGACAGAGCUCCCCGUAUCGGUGUAAGUGCGAUGGAUGAUAGAGUUGCCUAUAUCACAUCGAAUAACGAGGGCUUCCCUGUGUGACGCGGUGCCUGGAGGCAGAUCCUUAUUGGUGAAGGUGAUCGCCUCCGUCCGCUGCUUCUUUGGCUGGGGGGAACGUGAAACACCUACCCAAUGUAAAGGGAUUCGGCCUGUUUCUUUCUCCGGGUGGCUAAGUCCACCCCAGUGUUGUCUCCCACAAUGAGGUGGAUGUGGUUCUUCUUUGGACGGGGCUCCUCGAAGUCUUCGUCGUCUUCGCUAAGUCUUCCGAUCUCACGCUUCUUCGUAGAGGGUUCGCCCCCAUUUUUGCCGGUGUUUACCAACGUAUUUUUGCGUGGACCACCUUUAACAAAUUAGGAGAGUUCCCCCUGGCGAAUCAGCCGCUCGAUGGCUCUCUUCAGCGUGACGCAGUCGUCGGUGUUGUGGGAGGUGUUUUUGUGGUAACGGCAGUAGGUACCCCCCUGAUGGACGGCGCAGAUUUCCUUUGCCGACCGAGGAUCCCUCUCAAUGAGAUCAUGCCCCUCGGCAUAAUCGAGGAUGGAGCUGAUCGAGUGUGUGAGGGGAGUCCUCGGCCUUUCCAUCCUUGGACGCCAUGGACGAUCCUUCUUGUUUUGUCCGUCAGAUCCUUGGCGGUUCUGUCCUCCCUGACCUCGGUCCCCGGCCGAGGGUGCGCCUAGAGCCUGCGCAGAGUUUGUCUUUUUGGAGGGGUGCCCUCCAUCCUUCUUGUGGUUGUGGAGCUCAUCGGCGUCAGCUUAUAAGUUCCCUCGCUAGAGCGCCUUUGUGUAUGACCUCGGCGGGUCAGUAAUGAGGCUCCUUGCGUACGGGGUGCUGCAGAGGGUGCCCUGAAAAAGGACAAGGAAGGUGCGCUCAUCGGCUCCCUCGACUUCGUUGGUCUCCCUCGUCCAUCGGUCGAUGAAAGAGUGGAGUGAUUCGUCGUGCUGCUGCUUGACAGAGAGGAGAUGAGUGAGGGAUUUGCGUUGCAUGAUUUGCCGAGGGCAGUCCCUAAAUCCCCCACAUUUUGGGGCUGAAGGAUUUUGUUGAUGCUUUUUAACAUUUUGUGAUUUUCCCGAGGGGAUUCUCCAAUCCCCAACUCCUUGAGGCACAUGUAAUGUGGUGAAGAGGAGUAGAGUAAUGCCUGUCUUCAGUAUGGGGCCGAGGGCUGACUAUUUUCGUUUCAUUUUGGGGGGAUGCCUCAUUAAAAACCUCAUUAGGAAAAACCCUGUGGGAAAAAAUCUUAAUGAGGGAAAAAGAGUGCACCGAGUUCCCCCAAUGAUGAAUCGAAAAAGAUGGACCCUUGGUCUGAGUAUAAUGUUGAUGGCGAAGGCUACCCUUGAUCUGAGGGCUUGGUUGUUGAUUUGCCGAAGGUACCUUGUUGAUGUCCAGGGGACGUCGAGCGUGUUGGGCCGCGGGUAUGCGGUGCCAGCAAUCUGCCAGCCUGCCGGUGCAAUCGAACCGCGUGGCGUUUCGCUUGUGCUAUAAAGGGGGAGGAGGGUGCUACCCUAUCAGCGAUUGCUUCUAGUGUAGCGGUAAGCGCAACGAUCCACAAGUGGUAUCAGAGCCAAGGUCACGGGUUCGACCCCCGGCAACAGGAUGCUGCGCAGUUGAGGCUGGCAGGUGCUGGGGGGAGAUUGUUGGGCCGCGGGUAUGCGGUGCCAGCAAUCUGCCAGCCUGCCGGUGGAAUCGAACCGCGUGGCGCUUCGCUUGUGCUAUAAAGGGGGAGGAGCGUGCUACACUAUCAGCGAUUGCUUUUAGUGUAGCGGUAAGCGCAACGAUCCACAAAGGGGGGUCCCCUGGCAUUUAUGCCGAGGGCUUACUGUUGAUGAGGGGUUUUUAAACAUGACAGCCCGAGGGUUGGAUGCAUUGUUGCGCGAAGGGGAUCGAUUGGGGGCACCUCCUGGUUUUCAAAAAAUAACCAUUGGAAUAUGACCGUUGGAGAUGGCUUCCACAUGGCGCGUGCUCGUUGGCUGUCUAUGGGCGGGCGUCACCGGUUGGUUGGACCGACGGUUCGUAAUGAUGAAUUUGGCGUCCGGGGGCCCGGAUUUCGGCCCAAGCCCGGAUUGAGGAGUCUAUAAAUACCCAAGGCCUGACCUCAUUCCCCCUUAUGCAUCCUUGUUGUAGCGAAGAUCUGGCAAAAAUUUCCUAGAGAGAGAAACCAUUUCCUCCGAUCAAACUCAGCUUUCAAGGUCAGUUCUUCGCUUUGUUCUUCCCUCUUUUAGUAGGUUUUGCUUCGCGGCCUUAGAUCUAGUGUUUAGAGAUCCUUAGAAAAAUUACUUCCCUCGAACCUUUCGAACACAUUACCAAGGAUGUCGUCCGGGAGUGAUUCUCAAGAUAUUUCGAGGGAGCCGUCGGCUGAAAUAGAGACCAUAUCUGAUGUGGAGUCUUCGAGAGAGGAGGCCUCGUCGAACAGUGAUUCCGCUGUCGCCAAGGAGGUGGAGAAGGACCUCAGACCUGAGGCCGAGGCUGAAGAAUUCGAGCAAGUGAACGAGGACGAGGAGCUGGCCCUCGCCGUUCAGACUGCGGAGGAGGAGGAAGAGAAAGAGAGGCAGAGAGUUACCGUCGCUAUCCUUCCCCCACGCAACACUGGUGAAGCCAACAGUUCCCGGACUCUAGACCCGACGCCUCUCUGGGUGGCCCCGGGGAAGAAGGCCAAGAAGAAGACGGGGACUCCCAAGAAGAAAGGGAGCAUUGUGGAUCAAGGAAAACCCAUCGCCAUACCAGAGGGUCAUUCGUUUCUGAACACUGAGGCCCUUGUGCUUACUGCUGAGGUUGAGGGAUGACUGGGCGGAGUGCUACGUUACCCAGAUUCAUGUCGGGCCUUCGGCGACUGUGGUGGAACCGGGCCCAAACGAUCUACCAUCCCAAGCGCCCGAGGGGUGCUUCGCAGUCCACAUUCUCUCGGUGACAAUGGGCCUCCGCUUCCCGUUGCACCCUUUCCUCCUUGAAUACCUUCGGUACAUUGGUCUAGCUCCCUGCCAACUUACCUUGAAUAGCCACUCGUACAUCGCCGGUUUUCUGAACCUCUGCCGGUCCCGAGGGGUGACUCCUAGCCUUGAUCUGUUUUUCCAAAGCCUCAACCUCUGCCGGGCGGGUCACGCUAAUUCCGAGGGCUUUGCUAACCUGCAGCAGAUCGCCAAGUGGAAGCUGUUCUCUGACGCGCCCUCGUCCCAUAAGGGCUGGAAGGACCAGUUCUGUUAUAUCAAGAUGGCAGUGAACCCGUUUCCGGGGGAGUUACGGAACCACUUUAGGCGUCAUCCGAAGGUGGAGGGUGCCACUUUUGAGAAAGAUGGAAAGAAGCUUUCGGCUAUUCCAGAGGGGCGUGAGAAGCACGUGAAAAUCAAGGAGAUGACCCUCGAAGAUGGUUUGUAUAAACUCAGCUUCCGACGCUACCGCUUCUUGGGGGAGAUGGAUGAAAAGUACCCCGUUCUCGACGUAGCCUUUGAGAGCGCAGGAGGAAGUUCCCGGGGGCUCCAUUUUUAUGCACUUAGGAUUUUUGUAGCUUAUAUACACAUAUUGUUUUGUCUUGACCCCUCGGCCUCAUUUAUUCGUGUUGUCUUGAAGGCGCUAACAUGGAUAUCAACUCCUUUGCCGCUUUAAAGAAGCAAAAGGCGAAGGGCCAGGGCAAAAAGGAGCAGGGCAAGCAGAAGCCCGUCGGCGACUUUUUCAAGAAGGGUGGUGAGCCCCCUCUGAUGAUGCCGCGAAUAGUAAGGCAGUGGGCAAGGGUAUAGUCCCCAAGGGAAGAAGCCCAAAAAGGGGGAUGCCGGGAAGAAAGCUCCCCCGCUCGUGAUCGUGGAUGAACACUCCACUUCUGAGCCGCAUGUUGUGGUGGCGACGGCUCCAUCCCAUCCUCUUUCGGGAGUAUUCCCUCAGGAGACCCUACAGCUCUCCCUCGUGAAGGGGACUGCCGUGAUGCACGGUACAGUGGAGCCGAAGGCAUUCCUGAAGGGUAUCACUUCAGAGAUGGACAGGGCUGCCCUCGGAACCUACGACGAUGAUGCCCUCCAAAAUAAAAUCCUCCGGUCUUCUCUUACUGCUUGCAUAGCCCUCGGUGAGAAGGCCCAGAGGUUUGAUGAAUGGCACCUUCAGAAGGCCCAAGAGGAUGAGGCCAUGAAGAAGCUCAUCCAUGACAAAGACGCUUCCCUCCGGGAAAUGUGCAGGCUGGAGGAGGCCCUUCGGCAGGCGAAGGCUGAGGCAGAGAGAGCUACAACGGAGAAGGCCGAAGCUGAGAGGGCCGGUGCUGAGGCCACAAAGAAAGCCGUCGAGGAGGCCGAGGCCGCCAAGGCGGAAGCCGUCGCCAAUGCCCGGGGAGAUGUUGUUGCUGCCUUCAUUGCCGGGGGUUGAGGGCCGAUGACCAGAGUGAAUGGGUGGCCUCGGUGGUGGAGGCCUCGGUGGAUGCUUGGGUGAAAGGCCCCGGGGCAAUGUGGUUAGCCCGCAAGGGGGAAGAUUAUUAUGCUGGGGGGAGUUUUUCACUCAAGCCCUCAUCUACAGAAGGCUGUCCCGGCACUAUCAAGUGGAUCCGAAGGACUUCGAUCCUGCAGCAUAUGGCCUCCCCCCCCCCCCUCAACCUGACGUCAGAAUCCCCCUCCCCCCGGAUGUUGAGAGGCCGGAUCUCGAAGACUCUGUGCUGAUGCAAGAAGCACUGGGCGAUGAUGAGGAGGCAGAAGGGGAUGCCACUUCCAAGCCAGUGGAAGAGGUUGCUGUUGAAGCUGUCAAUCCAUGAUUCGUAUUUAGUAACUUUCGGCCUCGGCCUCUGUGUAACAAACACUUAACAUUGUCCUUUUCUGUUUAAUGUAUGCCUGCCUUCGGGCUGUUUAACUCUAUUCCUUUCUCCUCUUUCUGGUGAAUGAAUGCAUGCCUUCGGGAAUUUUGAAUUUCAUUCCUUUUGUUUCUUCUGAUAAAUG